UGCUCCCUGAGCUGAGGGUCAGCACCAUAGAGCUGGGGUAGGGGCCAUGCCCUGGCCAGGAGCAUGGUGAGUGUGAGCUGGGUCUGGGGCCAUCCAGAUGGAGUCAGCCUAGCACUGGGACCACCACCAUUGCAACACCAUGAGCUGAGCCGGGCCCCUUCCUGAGCCUGGGAUAAACAAUGCCCAUGUCGGGGCCCCAGAGGAGGCUGGUGGUCUCCCUGAAUGGCACUGCAGCGGCCAUCUCUGGCCCAGGGCCCACAGUCAACCACACAGGCCCCUGGUGCCUGCAGGUGUCUGUCCCUGACGGACUGUUCCUGAGCCUGGGGCUCCUGAGCCUGGUGGAGAAUGUGCUGGUGGUGGUGGCCAUUACCAGGAACCGCAACCUGCACUCGCCCAUGUACUGCUUCAUCUGCUGCCUGGCACUGUCAGACCUGCUGGUGAGCACCAGCCAUGUGCUGGAGACAGCCGUGCUGCUGCUGCUGGAGGUGGGCUCCCUGGCCAGCCGCGCGGCCGCCGUGCAGCAGCUGGACAACAUCAUCGACGUGCUCACCUGCAGUGCCAUGGUGUCCAGCCUGUGCUUCCUGGGGGCCAUUGCCGUGGACCGCUACAUCUCCAUUUUCUACGCCCUACGCUACCACAGCCUGGUGACACUGCCACGUGCACGUUGCACUGCCGCCGCCAUCUGGCUAGUCAGUGUGCUGGCCAGCAUGCUCUUCAUCGCCUUCUAUGGCCACCCAGCAGUGCUGCUCGGCCUCAUCACCCUGUUCCUUGCCAUGCUGGCCCUCAUGGCGGUGCUGUACCUGCACAUGCUCACGCGGGCCCGCCAGCAUGCCCAGGGCAUUGCCCGGCUCCACAAGGGACUGCACCCGGCCCGCCAGGGACUUGGUCUCAAGGGUGCUGUCACCCUCACCAUCCUCCUGGGACUUUUCCUGCUCUGCUGGGGCCCCUUCUUCCUGCACCUCACACUCAUCGUCCUUUGCCCCCAGCACCCUACCUGCAGCUGCGUCUUCCAAAACGUCAACCUCUUCCUCACCCUCAUCAUGUGCAACUCCAUCCUGGAUCCCCUCAUCUAUGCCUUCCGCAGCCCAGAGCUGCGCCAGACGCUCAAGGAGGUGCUGCAGUGCACCUGCUACCCGCCAGCCCCGCCCUCCCUGCGGGCUGCGGCGGCGGGGGAGGCGGCGCGUCCUGGGCGCAGGGCCGGGAGCGCGGGGCGGUGCGUGUUGCCAGAGCCGCACUGUGCGGCGGCGCCCCGCGAUUGGCCGCGCCGCGGCGACGUCAGGCCGGGCGCGGGGGGCUGUGGCCAUAAGAGCGGGCGGCGCGGGUGCCGGAGCCUCCGCAGCCGCCCUAGCCCCGCGCCGACCGCCACCGCCGCCCCACGCGCCAGCAUGAGGGAGAUUGUGCACAUCCAGGCCGGCCAGUGCGGCAACCAGAUCGGGGCCAAGUUCUGGGAAGUCAUCAGCGAUGAGCACGGCAUAGACCCCAGUGGUAACUACGUGGGGGACUCGGACCUGCAGCUGGAGCGCAUCAGCGUCUACUACAAUGAGGCCUCCUCUCACAAGUACGUGCCUCGAGCCAUCCUGGUGGAUCUGGAGCCUGGAACCAUGGACAGCGUCCGGUCUGGGGCCUUUGGACACCUCUUCAGGCCUGACAACUUCAUCUUCGGUCAGAGCGGGGCCGGCAACAACUGGGCCAAGGGCCACUACACAGAGGGCGCCGAGCUGGUGGACUCGGUCCUGGACGUGGUGCGGAAGGAAUGUGAGAACUGCGACUGCCUGCAGGGCUUCCAGCUGACCCACUCGCUGGGCGGGGGCACCGGCUCGGGCAUGGGCACCCUGCUCAUCAGCAAGGUGCGGGAGGAGUACCCUGACCGCAUCAUGAACACGUUCAGCGUGGUGCCCUCGCCCAAGGUGUCUGACACCGUGGUGGAGCCCUACAACGCCACGCUGUCCAUCCACCAGCUGGUGGAGAACACGGACGAGACCUAUUGCAUCGACAACGAGGCCCUGUAUGACAUCUGCUUCCGCACCCUCAAGCUGGCCACGCCCACCUAUGGCGACCUCAACCACCUGGUGUCAGCGACCAUGAGUGGUGUCACCACGUCCCUGCGCUUCCCCGGCCAGCUCAAUGCUGACCUGCGCAAGCUGGCCGUAAACAUGGUGCCCUUCCCCCGCCUGCACUUCUUCAUGCCGGGCUUUGCCCCUCUCACAGCCCGGGGCAGCCAGCAGUACCGCGCGCUGACCGUGCCUGAGCUCACCCAGCAGAUGUUCGAUGCCAAGAACAUGAUGGCUGCCUGCGACCCGCGCCAUGGCCGCUACCUCACCGUAGCCACUGUCUUCCGUGGCCGCAUGUCCAUGAAGGAAGUGGAUGAGCAGAUGCUGGCCAUCCAGAGCAAGAACAGCAGCUACUUCGUGGAGUGGAUCCCCAACAACGUCAAGGUGGCCGUGUGUGACAUCCCUCCCCGUGGCCUCAAGAUGUCCUCCACCUUCAUUGGCAACAGCACGGCCAUCCAGGAGCUGUUCAAGCGCAUCUCAGAGCAGUUCACGGCCAUGUUCCGGCGCAAGGCCUUCCUGCACUGGUACACGGGCGAGGGCAUGGACGAGAUGGAGUUCACCGAGGCUGAGAGCAACAUGAAUGACCUGGUGUCUGAGUACCAGCAGUACCAGGACGCCACGGCUGAGGAGGAGGGCGAGAUGUAUGAAGACGAUGAAGAGGAAUCCGAGGCCCAGGGCCCCAAGUGAGGCAGCCUGUGGUUGUGGUGUGAGCCACUGGCAGCUGGCACCUCCCCCGCUUUGCUUGCCAGCAGCUCGCUGCUCUCCAGUGUCCCCUCCCUCUUGGAGUGCAGCCAGCUCCCCUCCCUGCCACGGCCAGCUCUGUCUGUCUUUGUGUUGCUCCUCUGUUCUCCUGCAGCUCCAGGCCCCAUGUUGGUGGUUUUCUAAUUGGUUUCUGUUUGUAUUUUGGGGGAUACAUAAUAAAU